GGCGGCAGGGCCAUGGCGGCGCUGAGGGCUGCGGCUGCUGCGGCUUGGCUCUGCACAGUUAGAACUAAAGUCUGCACGGCACCAGCUUUUGGGAGAUGUCUACAGAAGGAGCUCUGGAUAAGGUCAUGGAGAAGGGAAGAUGCUCGCCCACCCUGGAUUUUUGGUUCGUGGGAGUGUUUGCAGUCACAAACCCAGCGGAUUCAUGGUGUCAGUAAUUACAUCAGGAGACCGCGAGAGCCGUCUGUGUGUCUGUCCCAUUCGGCCUCUGCUGCUGUGGUCCAACAGAAGGCUGUGGAUAGGAGGACAGAAGAGUUCAAACUGGUCUACAGGUUCCCAGGGAUAAAGUACUGCAGGGUCCUGUCGAGACUGAAGCUGUUGCAGACUGCCACCUCCAUGGUCAUGCUGCCUCCCAUCUGCUACCUCUACCUGCAGGGCCACGUGUCUCAGAAUAUCCUCUUCUAUACAACUGGCAUCGCCGUCUUUGCUGGGGUAACGUUGUAUGGUAUGAGCUACUUUUUCAGAAGAAUUAUUGGCUUAAUCUACUUAAGUGAAACCGGCCAAACUGUCAGAGUGGCCCACUUGACAUUUUGGGGAAGACGUAAUGACAUUUACUGUCCCAUAGAGACAGUGGUGACUUUGGAUGAAGUUGGAGAUACCAAGGAGGAGCUACUUCUCCAGUUCAAACGGUCUAACAGUACAGAUACUUUGUAUUUUACAAUUAAGUAUGGCCAGAUUGUAGACAGACAGAAGUUUACUCAAAUAUUUGGAGAACGUGUGUGACACAGCACCUCAUUUCCAGUGUUUUUCUAUGAUGCAUGUUCAUUGUUCCAUGAGGUUUAAGUAGUUUACCAAACUACAUCUCUGUCCUUUUCCUGUGCAAAGCCUGCUCUAAGUGCACUCAGUGUAGAAAGUCACAGUGGUAAAGCACAGCCCACUGGAUUAAAGGUGUGAGGAGUGUCUGUUCCAUGUCAGAUUCAGUAAUGUGCCGUAGGAGGCCAAAGUACUGGGGCUGACCCUGUUUGUUUCAGUUGGCCUCUUCGGUUGUUUUGAAACAUGAAAAAACUCUUGAAAUGAAAUGCAGGAGCUGCCAGAGCAUCCUCACUGCAAACUCCGUUUCUUUUAGCCAAUUUCAGGUUGGCUGGGAAGGCUCUGGAAAUUAAAGCUGGUCUGGUACAUCCAUAUGAUGAGUACUGCUGAAUGUCAGAGAAAGACAUGCUUAUGUGUUAAUGCAGCUGAGGGAACUGGGGAGGCAUGGGGGGUGUCCUGGCCUCAGGAGGGCCCUCCAGGAUGGGAGUGGAACUGGGCAAAACAAGAGUGUGUGCUCCAAGAGACACUGGCAGCUCAGCUGUUAAGUUAAAGGCUGGGACACUAUUUCAGGAGCCUUUUACAGAAAUUGCCAUUCUUCAUUGGAAUGGGAAAUGCAGCACCUGUGUCUGUGAAGGAUUGUGGUUUUAUUUCAUGGUACUGGUAUGAUUCUUCCUUUUCCAAAACCUCAGUAGAAAUGAGGAAUUUAAACCCAAGAAAGAACCAAACUUACCACCUAUAACACAUAACGCAUUUUUUGAACUGUCAGAAGCAAGGUAACUCCUCACACCACUCUUCUAGCUCUUAUUUCAUUUGAAACUGGCAAAUAAACUGACCCUCACCAAUAA